AUUAUCGUUAUUAUCCGCUUUUUGACCGGUGAGGCUUUGCAUUUCCCACGAAAACAAUUUUUAUUGACCAGCCCACCUUUGACAAAUUCAUUAGAAGUCGUGUGUGAAAAAGGCUUAGCGCACUAUGAACUUUUACAAUGCAUUGAG